AUGUUUUCCUUUGUGACCCAGCCGUUUCGGCCUUUCUACUGCCUUUUGUAUGGACCUGAGAGCCAGGAUAAUUUCCGGAUCCGGUGCCUUCGUCGGCUGCUCAGUUUCCUGUUGGGCCUGGUUUUGGGUCACCUCCUCUGGAAACUGGUGGCUCUGAACUUCAGCUUGGGCCGCCUGUUCGCCCACGGACCCACCGACCUCUCCGUCUUCACGAUCUUCGUCUUGCUGACCGGAACGGCCUUCAUGCUGAGUCGUUCAACUCGAACUGUGAUUAUGUUGAUAUUCGUGGCACUGGUGGGCAAAUCUGGAAGGACAUAUUUCCGAGCUGUGGCCUUCGCCUUCAUCAUAUCCGGUCCCAUAGAUAAUCUGGUUGCAAAUGCAGGCGAAGUGGCCCGGGUGUUUGUCUGCACCACUAUGCUGACUUACAAUCUCUCCAAAACCCGCUUCGAUCUGAUGGCCAAACCGUUUACAAACACUUUAAAGCACAUGCGCGGGGAUGUGGAGGAGAUACGCCAGACCUUCGGGGAAUUGCAAGGGGUCCUGGUGGAUCUUAAGUACGCCGUGGAACACUCGGACAUCGAGGACGAUAAAUAUGGUGACAAGAAGACUAAGCCCCUGUACGAAAGAUGGGGUAGGGAAGCCCGAAAGAUGAAUAUUAGUGGCAAUGGAAUGGUGGGCAAGGAGCUACCAACAGCCGCUGAAGCUCAGGAGCGUUUCCAGAGGAACAUGAGGAACCGCUGCAAACAUCAGCUGCAAAGUGGCCAUCGGGUGUGCCUGGAGGUGUUUCAGCAGGGUUAUCGCAAGUGCACCACCAAUUUUCCACCACUGAUAGGCAAGGCCAUCUGUUGGCCCUAUCGCGUGGACAUCAUCUGCGAACUAGAUCUCUUUGGCAAUCCGGACAAGAUAUGUGACCCGUCCGAUGUUGUGCCGCGGAACUUUGGAGAGACCUACGUGCAGCUAUUAAAAGCCGAGCAGGAACUCUUCGACAACAGUUCAGAGAUACAGGUCAGCUAUGAGGUGAAGGACGAGGAAAUAGCCAGGAGCAAGCUGCAGUCCGCCCAGAGAACUUCAGAGGCUUUCACCAAGGACUUCGAACGCCGAAGACGCAUUUUUAACCGGGUUAUGGGUGUGUUGCAGAAGAUUCUGUGUUUGUUUAUGCUGCGCAUGAUUUUCGUAUCCAUCAAUUACUAUCUAAAGUAUCUUGGUGACGUGGAGUUCGACAACUUCUACAUCACCGAUUACUUUAAGCAUGUGGACCAGAGGCGCAAAGAUGAGCGCAAUGAUGCGAUUUUGCCACUGCGCACCUACGAGAAGUCCAUGUACAUCGACCUGAGUCACAUUUUCAGUCGCACCCACGAGGAGUCGACUACUGUAUUCUUUAGCUUGAUUCAGUUUCUGCUGGAAAUAGUCACUGCAGGUCUAUUUAUUUUGAUCGACCACAUGGUGGUCGAACUGCUACAGAUCAUCCGAAUGCGAUCACUGAUCACUUAUCACCAGGAGGGCGAGCAUGAAGUGAGAUUUAAUAUAAGUGGUGUGGGACAAAUGGCGAGACUGCUACGCACCACCAUGCAUAACUUCAAUAUCCACGAGCGGGUCUCCACUUCGCUGACCAACGAGGAGUGCCUGCCCGAUGCCCACGUGCUGCCCAGGUCCUUCUACUACAAGCUGCUCCUGCUCUAUCUGGUAAUCCUGCUACUGAUCUACCAGAGCACCACCUUCCUGCGAAUGCGUCGCAUGAUUUGCAGCUUUUUUUACUACAAGCGGGAGAAGCAGCGUAUUCUUUUUCUGUACAACCGCAUCCUGCGGAGUCGACUUAGUUCCCUCGAGAAUUUAGUUCGCAGUGCCGAAGACAACUUGGCCACAUAUCGCGUCCAGCAACACGUCAAUCUCUUCUUGUGGCUACGCUUCUCAUGUCCUUCGCUCUUUGGUUGGCUCCGAUUCUUUAAAUGCGCCAAAAGGAACUGCCUAAUUUGUCAAGGAUUCGAAGAUGCCACAUUUACUUAUUGCCAUACCUGCGGUGUAUCCUAUUGCGACGACUGCGCCGAGGAUCUCAACAGUGUUUGUCUGCAGUGUGGGACUGUACUUUCAAGGAUACCAGAGGAUUCGGACAGUAGCGUCGAGGUGUACGCUUACAGGAAGGAGAAGUGAUGUAUCUAAGGAUAUAUAUAUAUGUUAAGAAGCAGUCCUCUACAUUUAAAAUACUGCCACUCCCAACUAUUUCCUCGGCCGAUGGCACUGUCUGCCAGUUGUCUACUGUAAGUUGGAAAACAGUUCUUUGCAACAAAUACAAGCAUCGCU